AUGGCGCGUUUUGGAGACGAGGUGCCCAACAGGUAUGGAGGAGGAGGAGGUGGUGGCAGUGGUGGCGGGGGUGCCGGCGGACAAGGGGGGCCCGGCCGCGGUGGCAGCAGGCAAGGUGGGCCCCCCGGAGCACAGCGGGUGUACAAGCAGUCGAUGGCCCAGAGAGCUCGGACCAUGGCCCUGUACAACCCUAUACCCGUCCGGCAGAGCUGCCUAACGGUCAACCGCUCCCUCUUCCUCUUCAGCGAAGACAACGUGGUGAGGAAGUACGCCAAAAAGAUCACCGAAUGGCCUCCGUUUGAAUGGAUGAUCCUCACCACCAUCAUUGCAAACUGCAUCGUACUGGCUUUGGAGCAGCACCUUCCCGAUGGAGACAAGACGCCUCUGUCUGAACGACUGGAGGAGACGGAGCCUUACUUCAUAGCCAUCUUCUGUUUCGAGUCUGGGAUAAAGAUCCUGGCUCUGGGUUUUGCGUUACAUAAGGGCUCCUACCUGAGGAACGGCUGGAACGUCAUGGACUUUGUGGUCGUACUCACUGGGAUCUUGUCAUCUGUGGGGUCUCAGCUUGAUCUGAGGACACUACGAGCCGUCAGAGUGUUGCGGCCUCUAAAACUGGUGUCUGGAAUCCCCAGCCUGCAGGUGGUGCUCAAGUCUAUUAUGAAGGCCAUGAUCCCCCUGCUGCAGAUUGGACUGCUGUUGUUUGUGGCUAUCCUCAUGUUUGCCAUCAUCGGCCUUGAGUUCUACAUGGGAAAAUUCCACAAAACCUGCUAUGAUGACAUUACAAGGGAUGAAGUGGAUAAACGACCAUGUGGGGAAAAGCUGCCGUCCCGUUUGUGCCCUAACGGCACCUCAUGUCUUGGCGGCUGGCUUGGGCCAAACUUCGGCAUCACGCAAUUUGACAACAUCCUGUUUGCAGUUCUUACCGUCUUCCAGUGCAUCACCAUGGAAGGAUGGACAGACAUGCUCUACUUCAGCAACGACGUGGAGGGCAGCGCCUGGAACUGGAUGUACUACAUCCCUCUCAUCAUCAUUGGCUCCUUCUUCAUGCUCAACCUGGUGCUGGGUGUCCUCUCAGGUGAAUUUGCCAAAGAGAGAGAGCGAGUGGAAAACAGGAGCGAGUUCCUGAAGCUGAGGCGACAGCAGCAGAUUGAGCGAGAGCUCAACGGAUACCUCGAGUGGAUCUGCAAAGCAGAGGAGGUGAUUCUGGCUGAGGAGGAUAAAACCGGAAACUUUGAUGGGUCGAAGCGACGGCCAACCAUCAAAACCAGGAACAACAAGACGGAGCUGCUGAACCAGGAGGAAGGAGAGGACAACAUGGGAGAUGCAGUGGGUUUUGCUCGUUCCAGUAUAAAGAGCGGGAAGGACGGCUCCAAUUACAGUAAAAAGGAACGACGGAUGAGGUUCUUUAUCCGAAAGAUGGUGAAAACACAGGCCUUCUAUUGGACGGUGCUCUGCCUGGUGGGCCUCAACACCAUCUGCGUGGCUGUGGUGCAUUACGACCAGCCUGAACUGCUCUCUGACUUCCUCUUCUAUGCAGAGUUCAUCUUCCUUGGCUUGUUCAUGACUGAGAUGCUGAUCAAGAUGUAUGGUCUGGGCAUCCAGCCUUACUUCCACUCAUCAUUCAACUGUUUUGACUGUGUGGUAAUUGUGGGUAGUAUCUUUGAGGUGGUGUGGGCGACCAUAAAACCAGGUACAUCAUUCGGCAUCAGCGUACUGCGAGCUCUGAGGCUGCUGCGCAUCUUCAAAGUCACAAAGUACUGGGCUCCUCUCCGAAACCUGGUGGUUUCUCUGCUGAACUCCAUGAAAUCCAUUGUCAGUUUGCUUUUCCUCCUCUUCCUCUUCAUCGUGGUCUUUGCCUUGUUGGGGAUGCAGCUGUUUGGUGGACAAUUUAACUUUGAAGAGGGAACUCCGCCGACUAACUUUGAUACUUUUGCAGCAGCCAUUAUGACAGUGUUUCAGAUCCUGACAGGUGAAGACUGGAAUGUCGUCAUGUAUGACGGCAUCAAGUCCCAGGGAGGAGUGAAUGACAAAGGAAUGAUCUUCUCCAUCUUCUUCAUUGUCCUCACGCUCUUUGGCAACUACACUCUGCUCAAUGUCUUUUUGGCCAUCGCUGUCGACAAUCUGGCCAACGCCCAGGAACUUACCAAGGAUGAGGAAGAACAGGAAGAAGCGGCCAAUCAGAAAACAGCUCUGCAGAAGGCUAAGGAGGUGGCAGAGGUCAGCCCACUGUCUGCUGCCAACCUUUCUAUUGCAGCCAAGGAGCAGCAGAAGAACCACACUAAAGCCAACAAGUCCGUCUGGGAGCAAAGAACAAGUGAGAUUCGGCGACAGAAUCUGAUGACGAGUCGUGAGGCGCUCUACAACGAGCUGGAGCAGGACGACUGGAAGGUGGAAGGGGAGGGAGAGGAGGUGUCCUAUCCACGAAAAGCACGGGGUGACAUGAAAACCCACCUGGACAGACCGCUGGUAGUGAACCCACAGGAUAAUCGAAACAACAACACCAACAAGACUCAACCCGGCGAGCUGCCUCUGGACUUGCAGUACCGGCACCAAGACAUGGAGCACUGUCGCCGGGGCAACCGCCAUCAUCACUUCCACCACCAUCGCCACCAGAAAGCGGCCAUAGCAGACAGUGGAGAGAUGUGCACGCUGAUGGAGACCCGCAUGGAGCAUGGCUUCAGCUGCACGUCUCUGGGUAACGUGGAGGGGAGCGCGAGGGGGCCAGAGCGCUGCAGGAACAGGGAACGGAAGCAGGCGCGCAGCGCUUCCCCCCACCGCAGUGAAGGCGGAGAGGGGAGCGAGCCCAGGAGGUCCAAGCAGCACCACGGUCGAACCAAAGAUGGGGAACCGUGCAGACGACACAGAUCUCGAGGAACAGGGGGGGACGGGGGGAAAGGAGAGGAAGAAGGCAAAAAGACGAGGCGGCAUCGACAUGGCAACCAUGACAGAAGUAGAGGCCACCGAAGCAGAAAGGAGCACCACAGUGCCGGGCCCAGCCUGUCCACCACACGACCCAUCCAGCAGUACAACGAGGACCUUGACAACUUCCGCAACAACAGCAAGCUGGCGAGUGCCCACGGGCACCUUUAUGCCCUCCCACCUGACCACCCUCACCACGUCAACAACCUGCUCAACUGCAGCGACGCUGACACCCAAACGCUGCUGCACAGCAUGGACAGCCUUAUCCUAACCAGCAUGGCCAAGUGCGACUACACAACCAUCGACAUGCCCCCUGUCUAUCCCUACCCCUCCACCAAUGCCAUCUUGCAGGUGAACAAGAACGCUAACACUGACCAGAAAAAGAGUGAGGAGAAAAAGGAGGAGGAGGAUGAAGGUGGAGAUGAAGACGGCCCCAAACCCAUGCCUCCCUUCAGUUCCUGCUUCAUACUGUCCACCACAAACCCGUUUCGGAGGUGCUGUCACUACAUCCUGACUCUGAAGUAUUUUGAGUUCAGCAUCCUGUCUGUCAUCGCUAUGAGCAGCAUCGCCCUCGCUGCAGAAGACCCUGUCAACCCUAACUCACCACAAAACGAUGUGCUGCGUUAUUUUGACUACGUUUUUACAGGCGUCUUCACAUUUGAAAUGUUGAUCAAGAUGGUGGUUCUAGGCUUGUUUCUCCAUGAAGGAUCCUACUUCCGCGACUUGUGGAACAUUCUGGACUUUAUUGUGGUUAGUGGUGCUCUGGUGGCCUUCGCCUUCACGCCGAGCAGCACCCGGGGGAGCAGCAAAGGCAAAGACAUCAGUACAAUCAAAUCCCUGCGGGUGCUCAGAGUGCUGCGUCCACUAAAGACUAUUAAGCGCCUGCCCAAAUUAAAGGCUGUCUUUGACUGUGUGGUCAACUCCCUGAAGAACGUCCUGAACAUCCUGAUUGUCUACAUGCUCUUCAUGUUCAUCUUUGCUGUGGUGGCUGUGCAGCUCUUCAAAGGUCGCUUCUUCUACUGCACUGAUGAAUCCAAAGAGUUUGAGCGCGACUGCAGGGGCGAGUACUUGGUUUAUGACAAAGAUGAGGUUAAGGCUGAGAAGCGGGAAUGGAAGAAGUACGAGUUUCACUACGACAACGUGGCUUGGGCCUUGCUCACCCUCUUCACGGUCUCAACUGGAGAGGGGUGGCCACAGGUGUUAAAGCACUCAGUGGACUCCACAAAUGAGAAUCAGGGCCCGAGCCCGGGUUAUAGGAUGGAAAUGUCCAUCUUUUACGUGGUGUACUUCGUUGUCUUCCCUUUCUUCUUUGUAAACAUCUUCGUGGCUCUGAUCAUCAUCACCUUCCAGGAACAGGGGGAUAAGAUGAUGGAGGACUACAGCUUAGAAAAGAAUGAAAGAGCCUGUAUAGAUUUUGCAAUAAAUGCCAGGCCCCUGACACGCCAUAUGCCAAAGAACAAGCUCAGCUUCCAGUAUCGUAUGUGGCAUUUUGUAGUGUCUCCGCCCUUCGAGUACAGCAUCAUGGCUCUGAUUGCACUCAACACCAUCGUUCUCAUGAUGAAGUUUGAAGGCGCAUCUGGAACAUACGACAAUGUUCUCAAGUACCUAAACAUCGUAUUCACCAUCUUUUUCUUUAUGGAGUCGGUCCUAAAGAUCAUUGCUUUUGGGCCUCUGAAUUACUUCAGAGACGCCUGGAACGUUUUUGAUUUUGUGUCUGUCAUUGGGAGCAUUACUGACAUAUUAGUAACAGAGUUUUGGAACAAUUUCAUCAACCUGAGCUUCCUGAGGCUGUUCCGAGCGGCCCGCCUCAUCAAGCUCUUGAGGCAGGGCGAGACCAUCCGCAUCCUCCUCUGGACGUUUGUCCAGUCUUUCAAGGCUCUACCAUACGUAUGUCUACUCAUCGCCAUGCUGUUCUUCAUCUAUGCCAUCAUCGGCAUGCAGUUGUUUGGAAACAUAGCUCUUGACGAAGAAGAGGAGAGCGCCAUCAGUGAGCACAACAACUUCAGAACCUUCAUCAUGGCCCUCAUGCUGCUCUUCAGGAGCGCUACAGGAGAGGCGUGGCAUGAGAUCAUGUUGGCUUGCCUCGGAGAACAGAAGUGCGAUCCAGAUUCGGGGAAUGAAGGAAAGAAGGAAUGCGGCAGCACCUUUGCCUACACCUACUUUGUCUCCUUCAUCUUCCUUUGCUCAUUUUUGAUGUUGAAUCUUUUUGUGGCUGUCAUCAUGGACAACUUCGAGUACCUGACUAGAGACUCAUCCAUCCUGGGGCCGCAUCAUCUAGACGAGUAUGUAAGGAUUUGGGCUGAGUACGACCCCGCCGCCUGCGGCCGGAUCACUUACACAGACAUGUAUCAGAUGCUAAGACACAUGUGUCCGCCGCUAGGCCUCGGGAAGAGGUGUCCCGCCCGGGUCGCCUAUAAGAGACUGCUGCGUAUGGACCUACCUGUUGCCGACGACAACACGGUGCAUUUUAACUCCACCCUUAUGGCUCUGAUCCGGACAGCUCUGGAUAUAAAAAUUGCCAAGGGCGGUGCAGACAAGCACCAGAUGGAUGCAGAGCUAAGAAAAGAGAUGAUGGCUAUCUGGCCAAAUCUGUCCCAGAAGACACUGGACCUGCUGGUUACCCCACACAAGGCAGCCACAGACUUGACAGUGGGCAAAAUCUACGCUGCCAUGAUGAUCAUGGAAUACUACAGGCAGAGCAAGACGAAAAAGCUGCAGGCCCUGCGAGAGGAACAGGAGUGCUUUGGAGAAUGGAGGAACCGAACGCCAUUAAUGUUUCAGCGUAUGGAGCCGCCCUCUGAGGGAGGGGGCACGGAUGGUCAGGGGGGGCAGAUCCAGAACAGCCUCCCCAGCACCCAGCCAGACGUCAACAGCAUACCUACUGAGGGCGGCAUGACUGAGAAUCAGUCCUGGGUGACAGAAAAAGCCCAGGAGAUGUUCCAAAAGACUGGAAACUGGAGCCCGGACCGACCUUAUCCCGAUGACCUUCACGAAAACCGCCACAACCCACAGACGGUAGAGAUGAGGGAGAUGGGGCGGGACGGGUACUCCGACACUGAGCCCUAUCACCCAGUGGAUGGGCAUGGGCGGACCCUCUCCAUGCCCCGCCUCUCGGCAGACAACCAAAGAGCUUAUGCUGGUUCGCGGAGGAGACACAGGCCUCGUGGAAAUAACCUCAGUACCAUCACCGACACCAGUCCGAUGCGGCGCUCCACGUCCAGCCUGGUUCACGGUCGUUCAGGACGUGGCGUGAGACUGGACGACUACUCACUUGAGAGGGUGGUUUCUGAGGAGGGGAGGCACGGCGGAGGUCGCAGGCAUAGGGACAGGAGUCAUCGCACCUCACAGCGUUCCCUGACCAGAUACACCGAUGCAGACACGGGCUUGGGAACAGACUUGAGCACCACCACACAGUCAGGAGAACUACCCCCCAAAGAGCGAGAGCGGGACCGCGGCCGCACCAAGGAUCGCCGUCACCACCACCACCAUCACCACCAUCACAGUUCUAUGGACAAGGAGCGCUACGGUCCAGAACGCCAUGACUACGCCCACAGACACCCUCAUGACCGCCACUGGUCAAGGUCACCCAGUGAAGGGCCUGAUGGAAGAGGUCACAGACAGGGCAGUAGUUCAGUGAGCGGUAGUCCAGUCCCCUCUACCUCGGGGACCAGCACACCACGGAGGGGCCGACGCCAACUGCCGCAGACCCCCGCCGUCCCACGUCCGCAUGUUACCUACUCCCCUGCUGUUCGCAAGCCCAGCUAUGGCCCCCCCGGGCAAGGUCGACUGCGGUCUCCCUCCCCCCGCCACUUCUCCCCACCGGACCACGACAGGGGCUACCACCACCGGCCCUCAUCUCGCCACGGCUCUCCACACCACGUCGGGUCCUCAUCCCGGCACGGCUCGCCCCGCUCACCCCGGCGUCAGUCCCCGCGCUCGCCUCUCCAUGGGUCGCCGAGGUCCCCUCACAGGAGCCGCUGGAGUGGGCCCCCGCCGGGCGACAGCCUCGAGGGUGAUGGACCGUUCUAUGAGAGAGAUUAUGAGUACGAGCGGCACCACGAGCCUCCAGCUUACGAGCAGAGUCUCUCCCAUGGCAACCCUCACCCGCAUGGGGGGAAUCCCCAUCCACACCCACGCUCACCGAGGACUGCCCGUCACGGGCCCCUUCCACCCCCUCACCCGCAUCCGCGUAGAGUACCCAAUGGAUACCGUUCAUCCUCACCUUCCCCUCAGCGACGGGGACCACCGGGGGCACCACACCAUCGGCCUCCCCAUGGCAGAGGGCCCCGCAAGGGUCUGCAUGAACCCUAUAGUGAGACGGACGAGGACGACUGGUGCUAGCAAUUACAGAAAUACCAACAGUAGACGAGAACAGCCACUUCCAAUGCUCUGGACUUGACUAUCAAGACUUUUCUCAAAGCAGUGGUCAUGGGGUUUUAGAAGGGGUUGGAUACUCCAAAGCCCUCUACCUUCACCCCUCAGACUUAAAAUAAGUUCAAGGGUGGGAAGUAGGGGUGUGAAGGUGCUGCAAACAGCCUUUUACUCAUUUUGUGUAAGAGUAAAACCAGCAGCACUCGGUUCAAACAGGAGAAAGCCAAGAGAACUUGGGUAUGGCCAGGGCGUAGUUUACCUCCGUCUCUCUCUGACUCAGAUAGACACUUCCAAGAAAUAGCCAUCACCUUCAAGGUGGGCUGUGAGAGGAAGGCAGAAGCAUAAGAACAGAGAGCAAUGGAGGAAGUUUGGAGGAACGGGUCGGUAUCAGUGAAGUUUUCAGGCCUAAUUGCAUUUUUCCCAAACUGUAACCAGGACGCUUAGAUGUUUGCUGUCUAUCGUUGGCCAGACUUCCACUGUAGGAUAAAAAUAAGAGGGAAAGUGGGGUUCACCGAUCUGACUCUGCUCCAAGACUGACAAUGCUUAGAGUGAAAUCAAAUAAAAAGCCAGGAUCCCAUAAUCCUUACAUGCCAAGCUAUGCCUCCAGAAAAUCAAACUUGAACAGAGAAGAAAAUAGUAAGACUCUAUUGGUGAAAGUAAGAAAGGGAGAACACCUACUUUAUCUUUAAUCUUUUUUCCUUUCCGAAAGACAGAAUCAGGAAGCUCCGCCUACACUGCAAAAACCAGCCAAUCACAGGGCUGGCCGAUAUUUGAUGAGUUUUAUCAUCUCUGUUUACUGUUACGGACUGAUGGAACUGCUGUGACAUCACUUCCUAUCCACGAGGAAGUGGCAGUGGGUGAGGCACAAUGUGGGCUCACUUCCUGUUCAGGUGCGCUUGAAGGACGGGCUCAGGUAACAGAGGAAGGUGACCUGACAGGAAAUGACAUCACACGGUUGAUUGCGCUUAAGGAAAGGAAUGGAGUGAUCGAGGGGGAAAAAGAAGUUUCUUCAGUAUUUCUUCUGUCAAAUACUUCUUCUUGUUCUUGUUGUUCGAACAUUGGAGCUUGGUUCUUCUGUUGCAUUCGCUCAGCAUCCUUUGAUCUUUUUCGCAAUCCAACAUUUGAUGGAAACCUGCAUGACUGAUAAAAUACCUAUUAGAGAGGAAAUUUAAGUGGCGUGGGUGGGACCCGGGGCUUUCUAGAAAACUUUAGACUUAGGUCUUUAAAAGAAGUUCCCUUCUUUCAAACUCUUUCUCUACUACAUGUCAAAAGUUUUGGAUUUUUCUUUUUUUUUCAGUACGAACUGGGCAGUUUUGUUUGUUUCAGUUCUCUGCCGAAUGCUUAGUUCAAACAAUCUAUUAGGAGGCAAAAAAAAAAAGCUGCACGCUCACAUUAACGCAUCCUAUGGUGCUUGAGAAUCAAGAUGGAGAAAGAGUGGAGAGAAGCAAACCUCCACCAGACUUGAUUUAUUGUUGAUAAUGAUGACAGUUUUAUGAAUUUCAAUGUCAAUGCAAAAUGAUGGUAACAAUGAUAAUACUGGUGAUGAGUGACUGAAUUGGUAGAAAUGUUACUGUAGACUUGUUGUCAUGUUAGCUGGAGUUCAAAUAUGCUAUGUUCAUGUUGUUUGCAUCCUUUCUGUUGAUUUUACCUGUUCAAUGACGUUUACUGAGUUUCUGAUGCCUUCUUGCAACCAUUUGGAGCAAUGGGCUUGGGAACAUUCACUCUAGAAGCAUUGCGUGUUGUAACGCAAUUCUUACAAUACAUUUUCUCUCUAGAAACGUGGAGGUGGAGGUCAGAGGAGUCUCAGUGUAUGACCUGCAAUGACCCUCGUGGUCAGUCCUCUUUUCAAGCCAACCCAAAGAUCUCUAACUCAUGUUCAACAGCGAGGGGUUAAACCAUUUGGAAGAGAGAACUAUGACCAAAAAAAUAGAAGGGGGUUCGGUUUGUCCCUCAGUUGCCAGCAACGGAUCUCCCUUGUUGGUACAGGGUUGGUGUCUCAGUGUUGUUUUUGCCACCUGGGGGCAGCAUUUAGCCCACCCUGUCUUCCCCCUCUACAGUUCAGUCUCUUGGCCAUAUCCUAGAAAGCUGAAAGCUUAAAUCUUAUAUCGUUGUAAGAUAUAAAAAGUUCCACUCCUAGAUGUGGCCCCCACAUGUAUCUGUUAAUCAGUCUUCUGUGUGCCUGUCUGAGCCAGCGCUGAUCCCCCUCACCAAACCCCUUCUUCAGUCCCUCUUUUUCCCAUGAAACCCAACUCUGGUAUCCAUAACCUCUCUGUCUGUUUGGCAUCUACUCUUUUUGGCUUUUUAGACAGUGACACUGAAGACGACGGAAACACUUUACAGCAAACAGAGCUACAAAUAAUCCUUUUAUUCUUGUCGAGGGGGGAUUUUAAAACUCUUUAAAACAAAAGGAUAAAAUAUAGAUUAUUUAUUACAGAUGACUAGAUAUAAUACUGUAGAUGUAGUUAUAGAUGUAAUACAGCAUAUAAUUAGAGUUUCAUAGAUUUAUUUAUUUUGCCUACUGAUCACGCGUUAAAGUCAAGACCUCUCACCAAUUUCUUUGCGGUUUCAAGAGCCAGCAAGCGAAACCCCAGUCCACAUAUUUUGACUCUAUGCAGACUUCACAAGCACCUACAACGUAUUAUUUUGAAGGACAACACUGCUGUGGUACUGAAAGACACCAGAGGUGUAUGAGAACCUGCAGGUUUAAGGUAAUGUUAGGAUUAACCAGACUUUUGCACAAGUCAUGUGACAUUACGCCCUGCAGGGGGGGAUUUUAGUCUUUUUUUUGGAUCCUUUUGCCCUUGACAAAUUUCUCUGCUCUCCUGUGUUGCCUCCAGGCUAUGAAGUCAAGCAUAGCGAAAGGGAAAUUGGGGGGGGACGGGACACUUUGGUGAUGGUAGAUCUGGCAUAAGCAAAAGGGAGGGGGGCGUGCAAGGAAACCUGUCCGCCCUCACCUGGCAUGCAGAGAGGUUGGCGGUUCUUCUCCAGAGCCCCCGUUAGAGCCACAGUGCCUUCUGUAUCCGAGUCACAUCCAUCACCUCCCAGUCUCCUCAAACACAGUCUCUCUUGCCCAUCGGCCCCCCCUUGCCUUCUGUAAGUAGUUGUGUUCAUCCACACAACGCCUUAAAAUCCAGUCCCGCGGGCUCUCGAGCUGGCGUACAACUGAGGAGAGUCCUGAUUCAGAGAGAAGACUGGGGUCAGGAAACGAGUCAAGAGGCUAGUCAUGAUGCAGGAAAUCAGUAUUACAUCAAGUCCCCCAUUCAAACACAUGUUGCAGUAUUUGCCUAAAAAAAAUCACGAGAUCCUCACAGUUUUACUCAGAGCCGUUUGGUUUUGACUUUAUGCGACUUAAUGACCUUCAUUUCCAAAUUGUGCCAACGGGCUAGCAGUUUUUGGCUAGCUUUGGCGCUUUGGAACAAGGCCAUUCGGUGCACCUAGAGAGGGUUUUAGUGAGAGGUUUACAGAGGUGUGAAACUGUUUGCUUACUUCUCAGGUCCCUCUACUGUUAGGUAGCUAGUUUAACAAUGAAUGGAAGCGACAGCUGCAAAAGAAGACCGUCUUGGACUGAGUUAUUGUAUGGUUUUACUUGACUUGGCAUCAGACACAUUAAUUUUACCCUACCCUCUUUUUUUCCCUCCCCCCGACCCAAGAGCUCUGCACUUCCCAUAUUGCCACAAACGGCCUGCUGAAUGCACCAACCCCCAACUGUGUUGACCGAUAGAAAAAAAGAAAAAAAAACGUCUCGGCUCCACGACACCACUCUCUCGUCCAUAAUUGUAACAGCAAAUCCAAAAUGGCUGAACUCACAGCGCCGCCUUUGUGUGAAAGCAUGUUUGUGCACUUUUUCGGAAACUAACCCCAUCCUUUCAAACGAAAAAAAAAGGCUUCUGGGUUUCUUUGCUGUUUCUGUGUUUUUUGCUCAGUCAUCAUCUCUUCCUCCACCUGCUCCCGACGUCUGACGAACCAUUUUUCUUUUGCUUUUCUUCUUCCCUGUGGCCUGAAGGAGAAACUCAUCACUCAUCAGCUCAGUCGGCUGUGAAAUUGUGUCAGUGAGUUGGUUGUGAGGCAAUGUGUCGACUAAACCAUGAAAAGGGCUCUCUUUUGAAAAAAAAACUACAAAAAAAA